AGGUGGCGCCGCGGCGGCACUUAAAACGGCGGCGUGUGGCAGGAGCGAACCGAGUCAGCGCCAUGUACACGUCCAAGCUGGUCGUCCUGUUCGCCUCCGUCGCCGCUCUCACCUUGGCACAGCGGUAUGACCUGGGUGAGGGAAGCGAGUGCUUCAGCCCUGAAGGGUCGCCAGGAGUGUGCACGCAACUGCGGCAGUGUCCAGCGCUGUUGGCUCAUCUGGAUCGAUCUCGGCGUCCCGGCAACCAAAACUCGAUCCGGCUGCUGCAGCAGUCGCUGUGCGGCUUCGACGGUAGCAACCCCGUCGUCUGCUGCGUCGGACGCGUGUCCGGUAACAGUCCCAGCGGCUCCUCACGACCCGGUGGGCCUGGCAAACUCGUUGUUUGGACACCAAAACCCAACAAUGCCCAAUCUCCAUCGCCGGCUAAAACAGGCAUUUUGGCGCACAAAAACGCAAAUCUGCUUCCAGUGGAUUGCGGCGAUUCGUUCCACGUCCGAAUCGUGGGCGGAAGAAAGGCCGACAUGGGCGAACACCCCUGGCUCGCAGCUCUCGAGUACGAAACGAGAAGAGGCCAGCAGGUGCUGUGUGGUGGUUCCCUGAUCAACGAGCGCUAUGUCCUGACGGCGGCCCACUGCAUCCAAGUGCCGUACGGCAAUAAAUUGAUUUCAGUGCGGCUAGGCGAACACAAUUUGGUGACGGCGAGGGACUGUUAUAAAACCGCCAAGGGUGUGGAGAAAUGCGCCGAUCCGCCGCUCUCGGUGCCCAUUGAGAGCGUGAAGGUGCACGAAAAGUACGGCGGCGUCGACAGGCACAAUGACAUUGGCCUCAUCAGGCUGAAGAGGAAGGUGCCUGCCACAAGUUACGUAAAGCCGGUGUGCCUGCCCUUGUCGGAUAACCUGUUCAGAUCAACCUUCAUUGGAUCUAACCAAGAAGUUGCUGGCUGGGGACGUACCGAAAAUUCUCCUUCAAGCGAUGUAAAGCUGAAAGUGGGCCUUUCCGUUAUGGAAAACGAGCGGUGUGCAGCCCUGUACCGCGGUCCGCACCCUGAGGUGAAGCUGGACUCGAGCCAAUUGUGCGCCGGUGGCGAAAAAGGAAAGGACUCGUGCGGCGGUGACAGCGGCGGCCCCCUCGUCUUCGCCAGGGAAAACAAAUGGUUCGUCACGGGAGUUGUGUCGUAUGGACCGCGGAACUGCGGCACGCAGGAUUUACCUGGAAUUUACACCAGGGUCACCUCCUUCCUGCCCUGGAUCAUGGACAAUCUGAAACCCUGAUUUAUUUGGAGUUGAUUAAUUCUUUGUAAACUAAAGAGCGAAUGAUAUUUAAGGCGUGAAUGCGAGCAUGUUUUUAAAUAAAUCAUAUCCAGGUUUAAA